UGAAUAUUUUAUUAAUAAAACCCAAUACCAAAAUAUCUGUAAAAGAUGGUAAAUUGUUACCUUAAGACUCUAAAAUGGUCAUACAACCGCAUCAAAAAUAGGGAUAUCUUCCGGCAAUCAAUCUCUCUCACCUACAAAGGUCAGGAUACUUUUUCCAGCAUUAUAGGAGGUAUAACCACAAUCCUCAUGUUCUCCUUCUUGUUGUUCUACAGUUCUAUUCUUCUCCGAAUGAUGUUUAACAGGUCAGACGUGACCUGGAAUCAGAAUACGCUUCGUGAAGACCUAUCUAAAGACACUUCUCCACUCAUCCUCAGUUCAGAAGAUCCCGAAUUCUAUGUAUCCUGGAAUGUAUACGAUAAGCUAAAUACCUUUGGAGUAAACAAAGAGAACGCCGUUGCAGAGGAGUAUACUCACUAUUAUAGCUACAACGAUAAUACUGCUGAGUCAACCAUGACCAAUAUCACGGAUUUUGAAUGAAACCCUGAUACUACUCCAGACUACCUGGCGGAGGAUGUUCUUUGUCCCAAUUGGAAGGGCUUGAGCUUCCAUGGGAACGACGCCAAUCCGACGAAAUCAUUCUUUGAAGCUUCGUACUACACUUGAAACCCCCAUAUGUCUAAUUGCGAAGACCAGGAUAUGAUAAAAUACUACGUUGACGACACAAUCGUAUCUAUUAUGGUUAGGAAUAAGUACAUCGACCUGAACGAUAUUGACAAUCCUGUUAAGUACUUCUACGACGGCCCGUACAUCAUCAAGUAUAGUAGCGAUUUACAUCAAACCGCUAAUUUUAAGAUAAGGGAUCACGAAGUGGUUCUUGAAGAUAGCUUACUUCCUUCCUUUACAGAGAAGGGUGCUCAACAUUUCAAAAGUAUUGAAGAUUACACUCUAAACCAGUACAAAGAUUCCCUCCAAAUAGGGUCUAUAAAUAUUGUUUUUGAGAAAGAUUCAAAGGUUGACCAGCAUUCUCGAAGAGUUCUUGGGAUUCUGGAAGUCACUGGUAUCCUUGGAGGUAUUUUUGAGAUUUUUGAAAUUGGCUUUGGAAUAUUAAUUGGCAUAUAUUCCUCAUUCAUGUUCAAAAAGGACCUUUACAAACACAUUUCACGUGCUGAAGAGAGGUAUGCUAAGCUAAAAUCCUCUAUUAACAGUCUUGAAAGAAGGAUUGAGAAUGAUGACAAUAAGGCUAACAAUGAUGAGAAGAAUUGAGCUGACAAUGCUAAUGACACUGAUAAUUUGUAUAAAGCACAAGGCUCGCCUCCAGAAGAAAGCAAGCUUGAAAUCAUGCAACCUCCGGAUCCUGACCCUGACAUUGCAAAGAGUAUUUCUAAGUUUGAAGAAGACAGAAUUCCAAAGCACGAUGAAUCUUUCCAAAGAGUUUUGCAAGAUGAAGAAUUUGAUGGAGGAGAGCCUGAGCAAAAUUGAAUUAUAAGAACAAAACACAGAGGCAAGCAUGAUAGUAGUUUAAUGAAGCAUGGCUCAAAGUUCACUACAUUUUUUACCAAGCUCAACGAAAUGGAGAAAAAGCUCUCAGACUUUAACAAUAGCUUGGACUGAAUUUCUAUUGUAUAUAUGAUAAAAAUACUUAGAAAGCAGAUGAAUUAUCUGUUAUUAAAGGACAAAGACUUUAAUGAAGCUCUAGAGGACCUUCCAUACCUAGCUGUCGGAAUUCCAAACCUUGAACCUGACUCUGAUGAGCAUCAUGAGAAAAGUAUGGACCAUGAAGAGCCAAUCAAAUCUUCUGAUAAAGAAGAUGUACAAAACCUAGACAUGAGCGCUCUAAAAAGCUCUUCAAAGAUCCUCCCUAUGACUUCCUUCUUCAGAGUAAUUCCUGACCAAGCUCUUGAGAACUUCGAGCGUCACACAAACUUACACAACCUCAACAACCCUAUGAACCCUCGGAUGGCAAGGUACUUCCCUCAGGAGGAGCCUGGGCUGGUCAAAAAGCUAUAAUCCUUC